AUGAUUGGCGGAAGCGAUCGACGGUCGUUGUCCACGAUAAUUCUAAAUAUUUCGUCUCCGCUAAUAUUGAAUGGUGAUUCCGACAGUGACAGAGAACCGGGGGCAAGACGUCCAGUCCGGAUGACUUGUGUCGAAUGGCAAGCGCUGGCACAAGACAUUCCCAUUAUCAAAUAUUGUCCAAUGUGCACGUAUACGACGUCGGGCAGCAAGUUAGACAGGCACAUAUUGAACAAACACAAGGCUCUGAUAAAGAAACCGUGCAAAGAAAACGUCACCGCCAUAAGCAAAAAAAUAGUCGCCGAAUCGCGACGGUCCUACACGCUUGUCGGCCAUCAAGGCGAAGAUGGGGCCGUAUUGGGACGACAGGUGUUUCAGGAGCGUUGCACAUGA